ACAUCCUUUUAUUGCAUUUCAGUCUUCACAAGAUGGUGCAAGCUGAUGAGUUGGUCACAGACCAAUGCUCAGUCUCUUACAUGACACCUUGGGCAACGGUUAUUGCGCUGACUACUUGCUACAUUCUGAUCAUUUUAUGGAUAUGCAAGAACGGGAACAAGAUGUGUCUUCCAGUCCCCGAUAAUCUCUUUCCCUAUCAAAAACAGCUAAAAUCACUGAAACGAGAGUUAUCGCGCUAUAUUGUUGAGGACAACUGUAUCGAGAUUUUUGGCACACCAUUAGCCCAUACGGCUCAAGGCACUCUCUUUCGUGGGGCCAUUGUGCCACGGGUAAAACAUCGCACAAAUGAGAGAGUACCUGUUGCUGUAAAGGUCAGCUAUCCAAAUCCUAAACACAGCGUGGCUCUCUUGGAAGAAACAGCUCGAAUCUGCCGUCUAUCGCAUCCAAAUGUUACAAAAAUCCUUGCCGUUUCUCACUUGUCGUUCUCGGUCCUGCGUCCGGCCAUAGCUGUUGAAUGGCUUGCUGGUGGAACACUUGCUGAAUAUCUACAGCAACAGAUACGAGAUCGAGAAGAGCGCGAGCGACCAAUGAUUCAGCUGAAGGAUAUGCUUGAAGUGUUAGCACAAAUAAGUGCUGCUCUGAAACACUUUCAUGAAACGCUCGGGGACUUCGCUCAUGGAGCUGUGACCACACAAAAUGUGCAAAUGACCACUAAGGAUUUGCGAAGAUGCAUAGUCAAACUCAGCAGUCUCUACCCACCCACACCGUCCAGGCUCCCUCCAGAAAUUGUAUGUUCUGCAGAACGAAAUCCAAAAUUUCGACAAGAAGGCGAUAUUUGGAUGUUCGGGUUAUUGUGCUGGGAAUGUAUGACACUGGGGGCCGAGCCGCACUAUCAGAGGACUACCGAGGAAAUCCAGCGAUGUUUCCGUCUUCCUGAUCGGGGUCUUACAUGCCCACAAGGAUGCCCUCUAGAUGUAUGGUCCCUAGUUAUGGAAUGCCUCUCGGAAGCACAUCGUCGACCACGUUUCACUGGAGCCACUCCCGAUCUUGUUGAACGGAUGCAAAUGCUACGCAAUUAUUACGCACAAUCGGUGGAUUGUCUGCAUCCGGUGCCAAAUAUAGGCAAUUGUACAUGUAUAGAGCACAAAUGCAAGAGAGGGGAGAGUUUUGCAGAGUAAAAGAUG